UGACACAAACACAAGACAAGUCCGAACAUAUAUCCCGGGCACCCGCUGCUCGGGAGAGAGAGAGCGAGAGAGAGCGCGUAUAAAGGCAUCUAUUCUGAAUGCGACGACACACACACACACACACACACACACACACACACAGAGUAUUUAAUAUAAUAUAGCACAGUGUCGCGCGAUGCGCCUGGUGUAAAGUCCUCGCGCACACCUGUCCUGUCUGUGACUUACCUGUCACACAGUACGCAGUCCGGGCUCGCGCACAGGUGAGAGCAGGUGAGGGAGACGGCAGGAUGCGCGCGGCCGAAGCGGACAGACUGGCGAAUGAACUCACGAGCGCGGCGGCGGCGGGAGACACUGCGCGCGCUGAACUCCUGCUGCAGAACGGAGCUGAGAUCAACCGCGCGAACCGCUUCGGGAGAACACCUGUACAGGUGAUGAUGAUGGGCAGCGAGCGCAUGGCCAGCCUCCUGCUAUUGCACGGUGCGAACCCAAACAUGGUGGACGCGAGUACGGGCGCGACGCCGCUACACGACGCAGCGCGUGAGGGUUUCCUCCUCACCGUACAGCUGUUAGUCAGAGCCGGAGCUGACGUCACCGCACUGGACUACAGUGGGCGGAGCCCGGCCAAGUACGCACUGCAGGCUGGCCACGCUCACAUCGCCAAGUACUUACACACCCUCUAACCAACUUUAUGAACUGCUGUUCCAGUGUUUUAUUAGUCUCUAAUAAUGUUUAUAAACAUGAUGACGACACAGACACUGAAUGCACUUUACACCUUUCUCUAUUUUAUUAAAAUUAUAUGUGUGUGUGUGUGUGUGUGUAAUACUACGAUGUAUUGUAGAUCUGAUGAUUAAUGUUUCUGUGCUGGAACACUGAAAUAUCAACCAGAUUAUUAAAUAAAGAUGAAAUAUCAGGAUAUUUAAAUAAAUAAAUAAUGAAAUAAUUAUUCAGCAUG